UGGUGUGGCUGUGUAUAGCGUCGCCUUCGAUUGCGCCGUUUACAUGUGUGCGCGAGGGAGAAAGGGGGAAACCGAUACCAGUUUUUCAAGGAGGUAUUGGCACCGAAGAGCGCGAGACUAAUGGAGCCGUGAGGAAUGUGAUGUCUUGCAUUUGCUUUCAGCGAUGAUUAUGGUUUGCUGCCUGAUUCUGUGACGGCCAAUCUGCGGGGGAAGAAGUCUUCUGCACCCGCCUUCCCUCUCACCCCUCCCCUUUUGGAGCCCUGGACACGCCCACGCACCCCUCAAUCCAACACCUGCGGGCCUCCUUUACCCCGCCCCUCCCAGCACAGCUCCACCCCUGGCACCCCUGUCAUAUGCCCAUGAACCCUAAUCCUGAAACAGACACGUCAGGGUGAAACCACACAGCUGUACCGCAUAACAGACACGUCAGGGUGAAACCACACAGCUGUAUCGUAGAACAGACACAUCAGGGUGAAACCACACAGCUGUACCACAGAACAGACACGUCAGGGUGAAACCACACAGCUGUACCACAGAACAGACACGUCAGGGUGAAACCACACAGCUGUACCGUAGAACAGACUCAAACGUCAGGGUGAAACCACACAGCUGUAUCAUAGGACAGACUCACACGUCAGGGUGAAACCACACAGCUGUAUCAUAGGACAGACUCACACGUCAGGGUGAAACCACCAAGCUGUACCGCAGAACAGACAUGUCAGGGUGAAACCGCACAGCUGUACCGUAGAACAGACACGUCAGGGUGAAACCACACAGCUGUAUCAUAGGACAGACUCACACAUCAGGGUGAAACCACACAGCUGUAUCGUAGGACAGACUCACACGUCAGGGUGAAACUGCAUAGCUGUGCACAGCUGUGAAGGAGGAGUCUGAUGCCCUCUGACCUCCAGCCCUGUGAGACCUCAGACUGCAGAGUAGAGCAGACAGCUUAGAGACAGACAGACAGACACACUCACACAGUGUAUAGACAGACAGACACACGCACGCAGACAGACAGCGUAGAGACAGACACACACACACAGACAGACUGUAGUGACAGACAGACACACACACACAGACAGACUGUAGAGACAGACACACACACACACAGACAGUCAGGCACACAGUCAUGUAGAAAGCCUGGUCUUCGUGUCUCAUUGACAGACCAGGCCUCCCUUUUCAGAGCUGAGACUCUCACUGCCCUGCGUCACACUCAACUAACCGGCCAGACAACCACACACACAAGGCCACCACGAGCACGUAGAGAGCACCACAGAAGUACGCGUGUACACUCACACACACACACACGCGCGCACGUACACACACACACACACACACACCCGCGCGUGCACGUACACACACACACACACACACACACACACACACCCGCGCGUGCACGUACACACACACACACACACACACACUGCGCCUGCCGCAGACAGCGUGGAGGCAGCCUAAGAGGCGCAGGGACACCCGAAAAGAGACACUCCCACCGACGUCCGCCUCACGAUGAUGUGCGAGGUGAUGCCCACCAUCUCGGAGGACGGGAGGGGCGGGGCCGGCGGGGGCCCCUCCUCCCCAGCCGGGGGAGGGGGCGGGGCCGGGGGCGGGAUGGGCGGUCCGGGGGGCGCCUACGGGGGGCGGGAGGGCCGGGGGGGGGACGAGGGGGGCAGCACGGGGAACCUGGAGUCGCUGAUGGUCAACAUGCUGACGGAGCGGGAGAGGCUCCUGGAGAGCCUGAGGGAGACCCAGGACAGCCUGGGAACGGCCCAGCUACGACUGAGGGAGCUGGGCCAUGAGAAGGACUCCCUCCAGAGACAGCUCUCCAUCGCCCUGCCACAGGAGUUCGCGGUUCUGACCAAAGAGCUGAACGUCUGCCGCGAGCACCUCCUGGAGCGGGAGGAGGAGAUCGCCGAGCUGAAGGCCGAGCGGAACAACACCCGGCUGCUGCUGGAGCACCUGGAGUGCCUGGUCUCUCGGCACGAGCGCUCCCUGCGCAUGACGGUGGUGAAGCGGCAGGCCCAGUCCCCCGCCGGCGUGUCCAGCGAGGUGGAGGUGCUCAAGGCCCUCAAGUCUCUGUUCGAGCACCACAAGGCCCUGGACGAGAAGGUUCGGGAGAGGCUGCGUGUGGCUCUGGAGAGGGUGUCUGUUCUGGAGGAGGAACUGGAGAGCUCCUCACAGGAGGUGCAUUCUUUAAGAGACCAAAUCAAGAGACGGCAGCAAGGGGGGGACAAUGGAAGAGAGCGGCUGCCUAAUGGUCCCUCCUCCAUUCUGGACGACGGGGAGAUUGACAGGCAGAGGGAGGGAGAGAUAGAGCGACAGCGCUCAGAACUCUCCCAGCUGAGGGAGAGACUGGCUCUCAUGUGUCGGCAGGUAGGAGAAAUAGAGGAACAGCUCUCUGCAGCCCGAAGGGAAGUUACAAAAUCUGAAGAAGCCAAUCAGAAACUACAGAGGGAUGUGAAAGAGGCUCUCUGUCAGAGAGAGGACAUGGAGGAGCGGAUCACCACGUUAGAGCGCAGGUAUCUCAGUGCACAGAGGGAGGCCACCUCUCUCCACGACAUUAAAGACAAGCUGGAGAAUGAACUGGCGAGCAAGGAGUCUCUGUACAGACAGAGCGAGGAGAAGAACCGGCAGCUGCAGGAGCGUCUGGACGAUGCCAAGCAGAAGCUGCAGCAGACCCUGCAGAGGGCCGAGACUCUGCCCGAGAUCGAGGCCCAGCUCGCCCAGAGAGUGGCAGCGCUCAACAAGGCAGAGGAGCGCCACGGCAACUUUGAGGAGCGAUUGCGGCAGAUGGAAGCACAACUGGAGGAGAAAAAUCAGGAGAUGCAGAGGGCACGACAAAGAGAGAGAAUGAACGACGAACACAACAAACGGCUCUCUGACACAGUGGACAAACUCCUCUCUGAAUCUAACGAGCGACUGCAGCUUCACCUCAAAGAGAGGAUGGCUGCCCUGGAAGAUAAGAAUGCUCUUUCUGAGGAACUGGCAAAUAUGAAGAAAAUACAGGAUGAUCUGUUAGCAAACAAGGACCAGCUGAUCGCUGAGUUGGAGAGACUUCAGCUGGAACUUGAUCAGUUAAGAGGGAGGCCUGGCUCCGCCUACUCCAGGUCUCUUCCAGGAAGUGCUCUGGAGCUGAGGUAUUCCCAAGGGGGCGGGUCCCUCCCGGCCGGCUCCACCGCACACCUGGAUCACUACGGCAACGCUGCCUCGGGAGCCGUGGUCAGGCGGCCUCACCGCGGGCGAUGGGGCGGAGCCAGGGAGGACGCAAACAAGGCGAGAACAAAUCCCACAUACGGGGAGUGGGAGGGGGGCGCGCUGCUCGCCCCUGGGCUGGAGGCGGGCGUGGAGGCCGGGGGCUCGGAUGAGGAGGAGGAGGACAGAGAGACGCUCCUGGGCUCCGAGCUGCUGUCGCCCAGCGGGCAGACGGACGUGCAGACCCUGGCCAUCAUGCUGCAGGAGCAGCUGGAGGCCAUCAACAAGGAGAUCAAGCUGAUUCAGGAGGAGAAGGAGAGCACGGAGUUGAGGGCGGAGGAGAUUGAGAGCCGGGUCAGCAGCGUGGCCCUGGAGGGGCCUCCCCUGCCCCCGUCGUCUCUGGCAGGAGGCAGGGACGGGGCGGGGCGCGGCUUCAUCCCCCAAUCGCUCACCUCCUCCACCCUGGCCUCGCCCUCGCCCCCCAGCUCCGGCCACACCACCCCCCGCCUGCCUCACUCGCCCGCGCGGGAAACCGACAAACAGAACAAUAAGGAGGACGACAGGUCCCUGGCCCUGCUGGACUCCACCCCUCCGCCCACCCCUCGGGCCCUGCGAUUGGACAGAAUGACCCACACGCACCCGGGGGCCAUGCUUGACGAUAGCCGUGAAUUCCGCAGUCUCUCAGCAGAUGGGAGUGUGGGUAACAGCAGCCAGGAUUCCCUGCACAAAUCUACCAAGAAGAAAAGCAUCAAGUCUUCCAUCGGCCGCCUCUUUGGCAAGAAAGAGAAGGGGAGGAUGGGCCAGUCAGGGCGGGAGUCUGUCUCUCUGGCCUCCACACCGUCUGAGGACCUGGGAUCAGCCGACCCCCUGGGCCUGACCAAGCUCGCGGGGCCAGCGGACAAGGACCGCCGCAGCAAGAAGAAGCACGAGCUUCUUGAGGAGGCUUGUCGGCAGGGACUCCCCUUUGCAUCCUGGGACGGACCCACCGUGGUGUCCUGGCUAGAGCUGUGGGUGGGGAUGCCGGCCUGGUACGUGGCAGCCUGCCGGUCGAACGUGAAGAGCGGGGCCAUCAUGGCCAACCUGUCGGACACGGAGAUCCAGCGCGAGAUCGGCAUCAGCAACCCGCUGCACCGGCUCAAGCUGCGACUCGCCAUCCAGGAGAUGGUGUCCCUCACCAGCCCCUCCGCCCCGGCCAGCACCCGCUCCUCAACCAGUAAUGUGUGGAUGACUCACGCAGAGAUGGAGUCACUGACAGCGGCAACCAAACCGGAGCUGAAAGAGAUUAGCUGGGAUCAGAUCCUGGCCUACGGCGACAUGAACCAUGAGUGGGUGGGGAACGAGUGGCUGCCCAGCCUGGGCCUGCCUCAGUACCGCAGCUACUUCAUGGAGUCCCUGGUGGACGCCCGCAUGCUGGACCACCUCACCAAGAAGGAGCUUCGCGGCCAGCUCAAGAUGGUGGACAGCUUCCACAGGGUCAGUCUUCAUUACGGCAUUAUGUGUCUGAAACGCUUAAACUACGACAGGAAAGAACUGGAGAGGAGGAGGGAUGAGAGCCAGCACCAGAACAAAGACGUGAUGGUGUGGUCCAACGAGCGCGUGAUGUGCUGGGUGCAGACGGUGGGGCUGAAGGAGUACGCCGACAACCUGGCAGAGAGCGGAGUGCACGGGGCCCUACUGGCCCUGGACGACACCUUCGACUACACCGACCUGGCCCUCCUCCUGCAGAUACCCAAUCAGAACACACAGGCCAGACAGCUCCUAGAGAAGGAGUACAAUGCUCUCAUCGCCAUGGGAACAGAGAGACGACCAGAUGAGGACGGGACGAAGACCUUCACUCGCUCGCCGUCGUGGCGGAAGAUGUUCCGGGAGAAGGACCUGAGGGGGGUGACCUCCGACUCGUCCGAAACUCUGCCCGCCAACUUCCGUGCCUCCGCCAUUUCCACCCCCUCCGUGACCCUGAGGAAGGUCCAGAGCGAGGUGAACUCUGGAUCCAGAGCAGAGUCGGGAUCGGUGAGGACGUACUCCUGUUAAGACACACCGGGGGGCUGCUUGGUGACACACCUGGAUUUUGGUUUCAUAAUGAACAUAAGGGGGAAAAACUGAUAUAUUUGUCAAUUCUGCAAUAACCAAGGGGUGACCAAUGGGAAUGGAGGAAUAACAAAGGAGUGACCAAUGGGAAUGGAGGAAUAACAAAGAAGUGACCAAUGGGAAUGGAGGAAUAACCAAGGGGAGACCAAUGGGAAUGGAGACGUUUCUGUUGAUGAAGAAUGUGGGAUAAGGGACAGAUGAACGAUGUACAGAACAGAGAGGGGGAAAGAAUGAAUGUACGGAAGAGGGGGAAGAAUAGAAUAUCCGUUCAUCAGUCCCACUUUCUCCCUCCGUCUCUCAAACUACAGUUAUUCUCUGAAGCUGAGGGGCGUUUUGGAAAAGCAGUGCCACAUUGUUACGCACUCAGGCUAGCGGUACUGUGCUCUGUGAAUCUGAAUCCUGGAUGUCUGUGCUGCCAUGAAUGUGCCCCAUGCCCUGUCUGGCAGAGUGUGAAUGUGCGGUCUCUGUGUAUGCUGGUAGCGAUAGCGGUUUGUACUCUUGGCGCAGGGCUGCUCUAACUCGUUAUGGCUCAGGCCUUAGAGCAGCUCGGAGCCAAAGCCCUCUGCAAACGCACCAUUGGUCGAUUGGAGAGAUAUCCUCCGGAAAGGAAAGAGAGGAACGAUAAACGGACGGAGUCACGGAAAAAGAGGCGACCUGCGGGAGAGGAGGUGGGCUUUACUUGAGCGAGUCCCGACAGGAGCAGGGAGAAGCCCUGUAAUUACCCUGAGGAGCAGGAGGGGGCAGAAACUGAGGGCCAGAGGUGGGCAGAGAGGGAGGA